UAAAAUAGGUAAAACCCGACCCGCUUAAUCCCUUACAUAAAUAACACUGAGAGAGAGUAGGGAGAAGUGCAACUAAUAACAGAGGAAGUGGUGCUUCUUUCCAAAAUCGAGUAUCGACCACUUCUGAUUCCGGCAAUUGUAUCCUGUGAGCUGCUCUAAAAAGAAUAAGAACAUACUAGACCAGCAUUGUCGUGUUUUUUGCAGAAGAUUACCAGGAAGCAAUCAUGGAUGUUGAUUCGCAGCCAGUGAUGGAUGAAACAAUUCUGGUUGGUGAUGAUUUAAUGACGGGGCCUCCAUCACCUGUAGUACCAUCAGAAAUAGCCUCCCAUGUACUCCAAGGUGUUGAUUUGUGUGAUGGAAUUCUCAGGAAUCUCUUCCUCUGCUUGCAAAUCAAUGACAUCGAACCAUUUUGUCAGGAUGAAAUUGCUUUAUAUAAACAAUGUGCUGAAAGAAGGGAUAAGGAGAUACGAAAGCGGCUUCAAGAUAGUGAAUUCAAAUUGGGUUCAUCAAUGCCUCUGGAUGAAGCCAAGGGGAGGGCCUCUCAGCUCGAGGCAGAAGUUACAUCGCUGGAGAGGCACCUAAUUCUUGCUAGUGGAAUUGAGGGCAUUGAAGGUUUCCGUCAAAGAUGGAGCUUGCAUGGCCGCCUCACUGAUUCCAAAAAUAGGUUGCAGUUCUUAAAGCAAGGCAUAGAUAGCAGGAAAAAGUGAUGAUUCCAUUAGGGAAUCAGCUACCAAAAUUUGACUCUUGAGGUGAAGUUGAAUCAGCAUUAGGGUCGAACCAUAUUAUGUCUGUCCUCCCAGUUUUUUUUUUAUUUUUUAUCCAAUGUUCAAAAUCAUAAAAAAGUUGCAGGUUGUAACUAGUAAACUGCAUUUGAAGAUAGAGAGCAUCAGAGAUCAAAUAUUGGAUGUUGUAGUUGUUGCGAUUGCUAUUUAUCUCGGAAUUGGUUUUACAGCAAUGCUACCUUGGGAAAAGACCCAAAAAACUUGUCAAAAGCUAUUUA